AGGGUGAAGAAAGUAUAAUCCGUACGCAGGUACUCCGUAUACGCACUCCGUGGAUUGAGAAGUGGUUUCUUACAAUUUCUCCUGAUUCUGUUUGGAUUUUGGUUGUACUUAUUAUUUGUCCUCCAAAAAGGCUGAGGAAGUUGUAGUAAGGUUAUUCCGGCACGGAGCCCAUUCAUCCUAUUCAUCCUUGCCUUUACAAUCACGUGCACUGCGAAGAAAAGCAAUCAAGAAUGCGAGGGGAAGGAUGUCUUUAACAACUCAAACCACCAUCUCAAACAAUGGAACCAUGGAAAGGGCGUUACAGUUGAAGUCAGGAGUGCAGAAAACAGGUCGAAUAUUCCCUUCAGAUGCAUCAAUCAUUCUCAUAGGCUCUCGAGGGUCGGGAAAACGGAGUCUAGGUUUCAUUGGAGCAACUCAUCUGGGCCGACGAUUAAUAACAGAAGAUCACUUUUUCCAAGAGGUCACCAGCCUUUCUCGAGCUGCUUAUGUUCAGCAGAAUGGAAUUCAAGAAUUUCACAAGAGAAAUGUCGAUGUUGCGAGGCAAAUGCUAUAUGCAAAUCGAACAGGAUGCAUUAUUGAAUGUGGAAUGGCAAGUCUCGCAACUGAAGUACAAAAGACUCUGUAAGCAUAAACUUUCCGUAUAUUUGAAUGGCUGAACCCACUUGUAUCAUUUGAUCUAUUUGGAUUUUCGUGUUUGAAGUUUCUUCAAGUAUUCCCUUGGGAAGCUUCACUAACGGUAUCGGCCAUGUAGUCGAGAAUAUACAAAAACGAACCCCGUGAUUUAUAUCUUACGAAACAGCCAAAGAAUUCGAGACAUGCUGAACAUAGGAGAUUUCGAAGCAGCACGUUACGAGAAUGCCGAUGCUGCCCAUAGGUUUUGUUCAAAUUAUGAAUAUUAUAAUUUGCAUGACAGGAGUUGUGAUGGAAUGGCUAGUCCUAAGGAUCAAGGACUUCCCAAUGUUUCAUCAAAAUUGAAACAUGCAAAGGAAGACUUUUCCGCAUUUCUUGACUUCAUCACGGGGCAAGGAGUCAUUCGUAAUAGUUUGGAAAGUCCAUUCUCCAUUGCCGCGCUACCACCUGAGUGCAGACUGUACACGUAUGCAUUGUCUAUCCGCAUGUCAACAAUCCCCGAUCUAGAUCUUCAAGAAUUAGAAUCUGGAGCGGAUGCGGUUCAAAUCAAGGUUGAUGUUCUAAAGACUCCCGAUAUCCAAAGAGGAUUAGCGAAACAAGUUUCAACGGUAAGAAGGGAGCUUGGAGUACCCGUCAUUCUCCAUGCUGAAGAGUAUGCGUUUGAAGGUCUCUCUUUGUCUAUGUCAGAAAAAGAAGAUAUUUAUUUUGCAUUACUAGAGCAUGGGUUACGUCUGGGAGUUGAGUACAUCGUCGUCGAUCUUAGAUAUCCAUCCGAUCGUGUCAUGCACCUUGUUCAGUCUUCCGGGCGCACGAAAAUUAUCGGGCACUACCUUCAUCGCGCCGAAACUUCUCGGGGAUGGGAUGAUGAGUCUAUGAUGAUAGAAUAUCGAAGAGCCGAAUCGUUGGGUUGUGAUAUGGUCCGGUUUGCUCGAGCAACCUCUAGGGAAAGUGACAAUGCAGCUGUUCGAGAGUUUUUGAGAAAAAUAGAAUCUAUUCCAGGACAUCUUCCAGUCAUUGCCUACAACCUCGGGGAUCAUGGAAGGAGUUCUUUAAUUGAAAAUCGGAUUUUCACACCAGUGACGCAUCCUAUCAUGAAUUCCACAGUCAGCAAGAGUCAAAUCAGACAGUUUCUACCAACAGCCGCUGAGGCCCGACAAGAACUAUUUCGAAAGUCUGUCCUCGACCCGCUCCAUUUCGUACAUCUUGGAGCUAGUGUAUCCUAUAGUUUAUCUCCAGUCAUGCACAACACAGCUUACAAAGUUUGUGGUAUGAUCAAUGAUUUCCAAUCACUGCAAGUUAAUUCGGUUGAUGACAUUCAUGCCAUUUGUCAGCGACCCGAUUUUGGUGGUGCUGCGAUCACACAACCCUUCAAAGUCCAAAUCAUGUCCCGAAUUGGCCCACAGAGCUACCAUGCAAGAGCAAUCGGGGCAGUAAAUACUCUUCUACCACUUCGAGCAUCACCAGAUGGCAGUCCUCUUUCUGGUAAUACGCAGUCAUUGCUUCAACAAGCAAAUCGCCGAAGCAAGACUGGACCUGUUAUUGCUUAUUACGGUGACAACACUGAUUUCAUUGGUAUAAUGACAUGCCUCCGCCGUAACAUAUCACCACGAAAUGUCGUUCAGCCAUCCAAAACAACAGGACUAGUCAUUGGCGCAGGGGGUAUGGCACGAGCAGCCGUGUAUGCCAUGAUCCAACUAGGAUGUCGCAAGAUCUUCAUAUACAACCGUACGAUAGAGAAUGCACAAAGAGUAGCCGACCAUUUCAAUUCGUGGGCUACGUGUUUGAGUAAUCAUGGAAAAAUCGUAUAUGUGUUACAAUCACUGCGGGAGGAAUGGCCACAGGGCUUUAGCCCACCCACUAUGAUUGUUUCAUGCGUACCAGCACGAAGUGUGGGCGACCAACCGCCAGCAAAUUUCACGAUGCCUCUUCAAUGGUUGGGUAGUGCUACUGGUGGAGUUGUUGUAGAGGUUUGUUCCCAGUUCUUUUCUUCCACUUUUCAUUGUCCGUACUGGGCACAUUGUUCAAGUGAUUUUCGUCUUUGUGUCAAGGAAUUUGUCCCAGCGGAAUGCAACAUUUGUGCUCAGCUUACUGCUUAAUCAAGUCAGUCUCGAUGAGUCCCUCAGAUGAAUUUAAUGUUUUAUAGCGCGAUGCAUUUCUUGUGUGAAAAAAUUGCACAAAAAUAUUCAUGCUUCGCGUCGCUCUUUCUAUUUAUUCAAUUCAUUCUAUUUUGAGGAAUAACUAAUAAUUUCUCCUCCAACAGCUCUCCUACAAACCUCCACUCACCACUCCUCUCCUUGCGCAAAUCCGACAUUUCCGAUCCCAAACCAAAAUCGCCUGGGUAAUAGUUGAUGGUCUCGAAGUCCUCCCGGAGCAAGCCAUUGCCCAAUUCGAGUUAAUGACUGGUGUUAAAGCGCCCAAGCGACGUAUGAGAAUGGAGGUUUAUUCAAAUUAUCAUAAAUAUGGAGAAGGGGAGUCUGGUGUACAGGCAGAUGGUGAUUGCUCUCCGGUGUUCGCCUAGACUGUGGUUGAUGGCUGGACAUGGCAUUCAGCAUUCGACCCGUGCGACCGAAAAAUCUCGAACACGAAAUCUCUAAUGAUAGGCCAUACAUUGGAAUCAGAAGAGACCACCGUUUCUUAUCUUUCGAAGCUUUACCUUUUCUGCCGGCAGGAAUAGGUCAAGAUGGCCAUUAAUCAGGUGAGUACUGGUCAGAAUUAUGAUGUGAGAUUGUGCAGUUUUGGCGUGGUGUUCUACUAGGUUAUGUUAUGUUAUUUAUUCAUAUAUUAGAAAGUAGGAGUUUGUGAAGGAAAGAGGGAAGGAAUGUAGGAAAAUUAUGAAGUAAUAAAAUCCGAUGAGAACUGCGAUCAAGGACGGAGGUGGAUAGGUAGGAAAGGAUAUGAUAGGAUAGGAUAAGAUAGUAAACUCAAACUCAACGAAGAUGAAAUGUACAAAGCAGAGCUGUUUCUGACGAGUAAAAGUAAAGCAGGCUUAAAAGAAAAUAAAAGAGAAGAAAAGAAUAACAAAGAAUAACAAAAU